GUCACGCAUGUGUACAAACCUCUUCCGGUCUCUUCGUCAGCCAGAAAGGAAAAUGGCGGCCUUUGGACGUUUCUCUCAAGUGUUGCUGAGGUCUUCUUUGACCCAAACCCGGCGUCAGCUCUCUGCCGCUGCCGGACACGGCGAGCAGUCAGGUAAGACCUGGAAGAUCCUCACCUUCGUGGUUGCCCUUCCAGGUGUUGGAGUUUGCAUGUUGAACACAUUCUUGAAGGAGCAGCACCACAGCCAUGAGCAACCAGAGUUUGUCCCCUACGCCCAUCUUCGCAUUCGCAGCAAGCGUUUCCCCUGGGGUGAUGGCAACAAAAGUCUUUUCCACAACUCACAUGUGAAUCCUCUUCCUGAUGGCUAUGAGGGACACGAGUAAAAAACAAACCUCCAGAUGUCACAGAUGGGAUCAGUCCUUGUUAAGCAGUUGUUAUUGGACCACACUCCUAUUCACAGUUUACUCUUUCCUCUUUAAUCGUUUUACCUCUGUGCUCUUAACACAGGGCACCUGAACCAAUAGCUCCUUUGUUCUGGACCAUUAUACAAAAUGUCUGACUUAACGUAAAUAAAGUAACUUCUAUUACCUCA